AUGCCCCUCGACAGGCUGAAAGAAGCUCACACGGAAUGGAAAACCGCACCAGAGUAUAUGCAAACGUGCAGCAUUUCGGCGGAGCAGUUCCUUCAAGUCACAGACCUGUUGCUGGAUAAGCCCAAUCUGAACUCCACCCACCUCUUCCGGGCCGACAUCUUGUACGACAGUGCACACCGGCUCAAGACGGUCUCGGAAAGGGAGAGAUUCUGUCUUCGGUCCAGUGGAGCCCACAGCGACGACAAGCCCGCAGGUGAAGAAGAAGCAGAAGAUGUUGUUCAACCAUUCUCUUCGGCACCAGUCUUUGAAGGGGCGGUUUUGCAGAGAAAGGUCCUGAGGAAACUCAUUCCUCGCAAGCCACAACUUGACCGUCCGCUUGAUCAGUGGUGCUACGUCUACAGCCUCGUCGAAGGGGUAGAUGAGAGUUCGGGAUAUAUCGUUGUUUAUCAGCCGCAAGUCGACGCUGAGGCUGACGUGCCGUGGUAUCAUCCGAUUGUCAAGUCUCUUGCAUAUCUCCACGAGGACAAGGGCACCGAGACAACACUUUCUGUUCACUUCCUUCCUUUCCCAACCUCUCCUGACCCGUUACCAGCCCGGACACAUCGAACAUUCAUUUCACUGCUUCAAACAUUCCUCAGGCUUGCAAAGAACGACCCUGCACCAGAAAGAACCAUCACAGAAAAAGAAAACCAUGGGAUGGCCAAGGGAGAUGCCUUGACCACUAGCUUGUCCCUGGCUCCUUCAGCCCUGAAAGACACGAUCCUCCCACAGCACACAGUCCAAAACACCUACACACGGCUGAAACAGCGGUACGCCCAAGACCUCAUAUCCCGCUGGGCCGAGAAGACCGAACCAGCAAAGCACGUGUUCGAAGACCUCGCCAUUGCCGCUUUUGUUAUGGAGCUCUGGAAGCAGAUGUACCCACUCCCAAACACGUUCCCGGGCUUUGUGGACAUUGCAUGCGGAAAUGGCGUUUUGACCUACGUGCUUGUCAAGGAAGGGUACCGGGGCCGUGGCUUCGACGCCCGCAGACGGACGACAUGGAACGUUCUCGAGCUGGACAACUAUGUGGAUGAGAUGGUAUGCAUUCCGCAGCCGUUCCUGGACCAUAUUCCCGCCGAGGAGAUCAACGGGCUGCAACAACAACAAGCAGGAGGAGGCUCAAGGGUUCACAACGGGAUAUUCGAGCCGGGAACCUUCAUCAUCUCCAACCACGCCGACGAACUCACGCCGUGGACGCCGAUUCUCGCCACUCUAUCAUCUCCAGACGCACCGUUGCCCUUCUUGGCUAUUCCAUGCUGUUCACAUGCCCUGAGUGGUGCCAGACACCGCUACACACCGAAAGAAGCCAUGAUCGCAUCAUCGUCAUCCGUGCCUACGGACGCUAAUAGCAGCAGUGACAACAACAGGUACAACAAUAGAGGGGAGCAACCCGCCAGCGGCGACCUCAGAGCUCUUCGAGCUGCCAAGGCCAAAGCAGCGAACCACACCGACGACACAUCCAUGUAUGCCUGUUUGACCAAGAAGGUCGUCUCGCUGGCACAGGAGAUCGGAGCCGACGUCGAAUUGACACUCAUGCGGAUCCCGAGCACGCGGAACAUCGGGAUCGUGGGGAAUAGACAUACAGCUUCCACUGCUCAUCCUCCACCUGCUACCGCUGGUGCUGAUGGUGCUACUACGUACGCAGCGGCGCAUCCCACAACAGAUGGAAGUGUGAACCACGCAGACCGUGCGGUCACAGGUGCAAGGGACGAAGCUGAAGCGAGUCCUCUGCAGAAGACGAUCCAGGCCCUAUUGGACCGCGAAUGCGCCGUCUCAGGAGGCAUCGCUGCGGCGGCGAGAUGUUGGGUCGAACGGGCUCAGAAACUCCAGACGGGACGCGGCAGGGGCAAAGUCAACCUCGGGCGACGACCCUGCGGGACUUGA